AUGCCUCCACCAAGCAGACGCAAACAACAAAGUCGUGAAGCUAACGAAAAAUCAAUUGAAGCAAGAAAAAACUCCCAAGAAAAGAAUGCGCCAAAGGAAGUCGAUCCAAAACACUGGACUGCUUCUGUAAUUGUUAAUGGUGACUCUUAUACUCGAGCAAGGAAUUUAUUUCAAGAUAACAAUAUUAAAGUGCCGAGUGAAAAAGAGUUUUACCGUCAUCAAAAAGAAAUAGGUAAGGUAAUACUAGAAUAUAAAGAGCAAUCUAUUAAAAAUGCUCAACAAACAAUGAAGAAAGAUACAUUUUUAAGCACUGAUUCGCAUUAUAAUGUUGGCAGAAAUGCUACAGCGUGCCAAAGUUUAAUGAUGGACAACCGUGGAAAAGUUGUUGGUGAAACAACUGUUAUAAAAAAGAGCUCUGGAGGAGACUUUGAAGGCCCAUCCAACAUGAUGGAAACAGAAUGUACAAAGAGGAUGAUGUCAAAUUUUGACUUUACAAAUGUUUCCACAGUGGUUCAUGACAAUGACAAUAAAACGAAAGCCAUCAUCCAGCAAUAUGCUCUGAAUGCUAAAAUUACACUUGAUCCUCGUCAUUGUGUACGUGCAGUUGGCAGAGCUUUCGAAAAGCUUGAAAAUGGUGGAUAUAAAGAAGCAGCAGGAAAAGAAACUGUUAAUCAACAGAAAGAAA